AUGACAACCGCCGAUCAUAGUCAGAUGAUGAAGCAAUGGCAGUUCACAAAAGCUGGAAAUCCUCGAGAUGUUUUAACAAUGGUCGAAGUACCCAUCCCAACUACAUGCGCCGAUGAUGAAGUACUUGUACAGAUUAGUCAUGUUUCAUUGAAUUCGUCGAUAGCAUAUCGGCUUAUAGCAUAUUAUGGUGUCGUCGAUCCCAUAGGUGCAUUCAUAGGCAGACCUGCUGUGCCCGAAGUGGACUUCAGUGGAAUUGUCUGUGAUUUACGAGGUGCAAAUGUAACAGAAUUUAAUACAGGUAACAUUAAUCAAUUACAUUUUAGUUUGUCAACAAUUCGUAAUUUUUUAAAAGGUGAUCGAGUAUGUGGAACCGGUCCUACAGGCAUUCGAGAUAUUACACAAGGAGUGCUACGUGAGUAUGUACUUGCAAAGCGUGGUCAUAUCGUCAAGGUACCUGAUAAUAUCUCACUUAAGGAUGCUUCAUGCUUCACAGCUACAGUUGAAAGGGCUAACUUGAAGAAAGGAGAGAAGGUUUUUAUUAAUGGUGGAUCAGGAGGCGUCGGUGUAAUGGCAAUUCAACUGGCGCGUUCAAUUGUUGGACCUACAGGUCUGGUAGUAGCAACAUGCUCUCCAGCCAAAAGCGAUAUUGUUCGAAAUCUAGGCGCAGACGAAGUGAUAGAUUACACAUCACAUGUUUUGCCAGAUUAUCUUCGAGAGCACUACAGUUCACGUCCAUUUGAUGUAAUCCUCGAUACUGUAGGUAGUGAUCAUGCACUCUACUCCAAUUCACCCGAUUAUUUGACACCCUCGGGUUCUACAGUAUGGUUGGCUACAAAGAGAAUCUUACAAUUCUUAAGUGCAAUGGUUGUACCUGUCUAUCUUGGAGGUGUACCUCGCAGACAUAUAUUCGAGGGUGUCAGACCGAAUCACUCACGAAUGGUUGCUUUGGCGAAGUUAAUUAAAGAAGGAGCUAUGAAAGCUGUGAUUGAUUCUACAUAUAAAUUUACAGAUGCACUCGAUGCCUAUGAUAGACUGAUGUCUCGUAAAGUAACAGGAAAAGUGGUUAUUGAGGUGAAUGAUCUUGACAGAGUAACUUAA